AAACGGUCGCGUGUGGUUCGCUGACGGAGAAUUCGUCGCGUUGCCAAAGCAAAAGACGCGCCAAAAAUUAUCGCUUCGAAUGUGUGUAUGCACACACUUACAUACAUACAUUCAUGCAUACUCAGACACACACACACAUAUGUAUGUACAGAUGUAUUUUUGCAACGUCUUGUGAAAUAGUGCAAAAUGAAUUCCAAUUGAACAGUUGCCAUAGAAAUGUUUAAAAAUUAUGCGACUGGUGCCAAAGUCAAAUUAAAACCCAUUUCGAUUCGUCGCGCGACCACAACAAACCGAACAUAAUUUGAUCGCAUGCCGAACAACAACUGCCGGGACAACAACAAGAAUAACCGUAAAUAGCGAAAACUUGUCUAAAAACAACAAUUCAAUCGGCUAAAAGUGCAGCAAAGCCCAAGUCAAAAUGUCUGCAAUUAGCAGCCGGAAUCAGAAAAUGGAACAACAGCGCCAGCUGAUGGACGCUUACAUCCGGCAGAAGCGCGCCUCGCCCGGCAUGGUGCAGGCCAGCGACCUGCAGAUGAGUCGCCCGAUGUCCGGAAUGCGCGGCAACAGCCGGGAGCUGCACGCCUAUGAUGGUCCCAUGCAGUUCAUAGGAUCGCCACAUAAUCCGGAUCAGAUAUUGAGCAACAAUAGCUCCAGUGUGCACUUGUCCAGCAGCAUGAACUCGAGUCGCAACAACUCGAACAAUUUGCGCAGCCUAAGCACCAUCAAUCAAGAAGACUUAAUCGAGGAGAUCUCGUCGCACGAGCUGGAGGACGAAGAGAGCAGUCCCGUGACGGUCGUUGAGAAUCCGCUGCCGCCGCUAAGUGCCAACUCGGCGCAUUCGCAGCGGCUACGCAACGGCCAGCAAUCCUUCAACGAGACUCUCGACGAGGACGACUAUGCCAAUCGCAACAUAGCGGGCGUGGCUCCAGUGCGUCCCGCUGGCAUCGCCUCACCCUACAAGGACGGCGUCGCGCCGGAGGCCAGCAACGGGGUAGCCAACGGCAGCAACAGCGGCGUUGGCAGCGCCGAAUCCGAAGGCGACGUCAUCGGCAGCAUUGAUCUGUUUGUCAUGCAGCCGGCGCCGCAAGGUGUGCUCUAUAAGUGCCGCAUCACACGAGAUCGCAAGGGCAUGGACCGUGGCCUGUUCCCCAUCUACUAUCUGCAUCUGGAGCGGGACUACGGCAAGAAGAUCUUUCUGCUGGGCGGGCGCAAGCGGAAGAAGAGCAAAACAUCCAACUAUAUUGUUAGCUGCGAUCCCACCGAUCUGUCGCGCAACGCAGAUGGCUUCUGCGGCAAGCUACGCUCCAAUGUGUUCGGCACAUCCUUCACGGUAUUCGAUAGUGGCAACAAGGACAGCACAGAAAGUCCACGACUCGAUCUGGCAGUGAUCAUCUACGACACCAAUAUACUGGGCUUUAAGGGACCGCGCAACAUGACUGUGAUACUGCCGGGCAUGACUGAGGAUGACCAGCGUGUCAAGAUCAGCUCAGCGGAUCCCAAACAGCAGGGCAUACUUGAUUUGUGGAAGAUGAAGAACAUGGACAACAUUGUGGAAUUGCACAAUAAGACGCCAGUUUGGAACGACGAGACCCAAUCCUAUGUGCUCAACUUUCACGGUCGCGUCACGCAAGCGUCUGUCAAGAACUUUCAGUUGGUGCACGACUCUGAUCCGGAAUACAUAGUCAUGCAAUUUGGCCGCACAUCCGAGGAUGUCUUCACCAUGGACUAUCGCUAUCCGCUCUGCGCCAUGCAAGCCUUCGCCAUAGCGCUCAGCAGUUUCGAUGGCAAAAUCGCCUGCGAGUGAACCAUGUCCUUAUCCUUGUUACAGUUACGGAUGCCUUAUUUAUACGACAAACAGCUCGACUUUGCAUACCCUAACUAGUAUAGAUUGUAAGAAUUAUCAUGAACGCAGAGGCUCGUAUCAGGCAAAAUAUUUUUAAAUAACGAAUCUAAUUGCUCUCAAAGAACAUCAAGAACUAUGGUAUUAUUUGUGCGUAUGUGUGUCAAUAGAGAUGCAGGCAAAUUAGUGGAACAUAGAUAUUUAGAAAAUACUAACAAACACCCUCCAAGACCAAAACUAUGCCGAAACUUACAGAUCUCAUGAGAGGAACACAUGAUCAAUAAAUAUCAUAGCGAUAGCAAAAUUUUAAACACUUCAA